AAAACGCCACAGCCCAAUUCCUAACCUCCAAAAACCAUAUCCUCGCAAAUGGAUUCAGCAACAACAGCUCCUCCCCCAUCGCAGGAGCUGGACUUGGACAACCUCAAACUCCUCAAAGUCCUAGGAAAAGGCGCCAUGGGAACUGUCUUCCUCGUACAAGACACAACCAACACCCCCUUCGCCCUCAAAGUGGUGGACAAAACGUGCGUCCACGCGAAGCUCGACGCGGAACGGCGCGCGCGUUGGGAAAUCCAAGUCCUCUCAACGCUCUCCCACCCUUUCCUCCCUUCCCUCAUGGGAACGUUGGAGUCCCCACAGUUCCUGGCGUGGGCCCUACCCUACUGCCCCGGCGGCGACCUCAACUUCCUCCGCUACCGCCAAACCGACCGCUCCUUCUCCCCCGCCGUCAUCCGCUUCUACGUCGCCGAAAUUCUCUGCGCUCUCGACCACCUCCAUUCCAUGGGCAUCGCCUACCGCGACCUAAAACCCGAAAAUGUCCUCGUCCAAAACACCGGCCACGUCACCCUCACCGAUUUCGACCUCUCCCGAAAGCUCAAUCCCAAACCUAAACCUAAUCCUAACCCUGUCAUCGUUCCUUCAAUCCCCUUGCCAAAUUCCAACGUUCCCCAACCUCGCCGCAAGCACCGCCGGAAUUUAUCCCGGUGGAUCUCCUUCUUCCCGCCGGACGGGACUAACAACAACAACAAAAACGGUCUCAAGAAGGCCAAGUCCGCGCAAGUCAGCCCGGUGAGUCGGAGAAAACCGAGUUUCUCCAGCGGCGAACGAUCCAACUCGUUCGUCGGCACUGAAGAAUACGUCUCGCCAGAGGUCGUCCGAGGCGACGGACAUGAGUUCGCCGUCGAUUGGUGGGCGCUUGGAAUACUAAUCUACGAAAUGCUCUACGGUAAGACGCCGUUCAAGGGAAGGAAUCGUAAGGAAACGUUUCGGAACGUUAUCAUGAAGCCGCCGGAGUUCGUCGGAAAACGAACGGCGUUAACCAACCUUAUUGAAAGGUUGUUGGAGAAGGAUCCGACGAAGCGUUUGGGUUACACGCGCGGUGCCGCGGAGAUCAAGGAGCACGAGUUUUUCCGAGGGGUUCAGUGGGAGCUUUUGACGGAGGUGGUGCGGCCGCCGUUCAUACCGUCGGGGGACGACGGCGCCGGAGAGAUGACGGAGAGGUUCUCCGAUCGAAAUUGUGGCGUCAAUAUUAGGGAUUACUUUCAGAAUCUUAAAUCGUCGCCGUCGGGCAGGUUUGAGAAGAAUGUUUCGCUAAGGGAAUUCUAACGCACGUGCAUGUGAUUAUUGCGCGUGCGAGAGUUAGUUAGUUUUUUCUUUUUUCUUAGUAAUAUUGUAAUUUUGUGCAUAUAGAAUAGUGAAAAACUACGAUCGAAUUGUAAGUGUUAGAAAACAAUUGAUUAUAACAGCUUUCAGCUUUUUAAGUUACCUCAA